CGGCUAAACCCCGGCAUUCGCUCAAUUUUUCGAGAACGCUCCUUUGCGUGCAGCAGCCGCGACGUCGUCGUAUCAGGUCGCAAUUGCCGAUCCAACCACACAGAAACCAUGCCACCGAGGUUGAACAUUUGGUCGGCCUGCAGAGCCCUCUCGACACGGACCCGGGCCUUUGCCCAAGGGCCGCCGUCCGGCCCGGCUGCGUUGGCGAGGGGACUGGCCGACAACACCACAUCACGGUUACCGAACACCAACUCCGGCGCCCUGCCCCAGUCUAUGGUACCCGACAGCCAGCCACCCGCCUUUGUCAGCGAGGACAAUGAGAAGGCGCUGAGCCAACUGCGAAUGAUCGAGUAUGGCAUCAACGCCCUGGACCCGUCCGUCGAGGGCCACAAGUACGGGCUGCCGGACCUACCACUGCCCUCGCAGAAGCACGCCAAGCACCGUUACGACUCGGUUAUCUCGCAGGUUACGAGGACAUGGCCAUCAUCCUCAAAUACCUGCGCACCUCACCACCCCCCCCGCCUCGACCCCGCCAAACCCCUCCUCCCCGGCGCGCCCCCCGCCGCCCACCUCCCGCUCGACCCGGUCCUGUACCUCGCGCUCGCCAUCGACUCGGUCGCGCCGCUGGUCAGGAUGCGCGGGUUCAAGGGCCUGGCGGGCGGCGGCAAGUCGCUCGACGUGCCCACGCCGCUGCGCGAGCGCCAGCGCCGCCGCACCGCCUUCGGCUGGAUCCUCGACGCCGUCCGCAAGAAGAAGUCCAAGGGCAGCGGCCGCACCAUGUUCCCCCACCGCGUCGCCGAGGAGAUCGUGGCUGUCGUGGAGGGCCGGUCGAGUGUCUGGGACAAGCGCAUCCAGGUCCACAAGGCGGGUACGGGUAACCGUGCUAACCUGAUGCACUCGGCUGUGAAGGGCAAGAUUUGAGGGGGGGGGUGUUUUGGGGAGAGGGGGGUUGUGCUCGGGGAGGGAGCCCGGGUGUGGGAUGUGGGAUGUGGGAUGUUCCACUGCUGGGAGAGCGGCUGUGGUUUUGUGACGGAGCCUCAAUGUACUGUACUUUAUAUGUAUGGACUAUUUUUGCGUCCACGAAUCGCUUUCUAAGCUUAGACAUGCUUGCUGGCUUUCGUUGGGCUGCUGACUUUACCUUUGCUUGUUAACUAUGAAUUCCAGACGGCAUGAAUCCAGACAUUCCAUGAUGUUUAGGAAAUAUCCGC